AUGUCCGCACCAUCCGUAUCGUGCUUCGGCAAGAAGAAGACGGCCACCGCCGUCGCCCACUGCAAGGAGGGCAAGGGUCUCAUCCGCCUCAACGGCCAGCCCAUCUCGCUCGUCAAGCCCGAGAUCCUCCGAUGGAAGGUCUUCGAGCCCGUCCUCGUUGUCGGUGAGGACAAGUUCUCCAUCUCGAAGUGCAAGGGGAACGCCGAGGAAUCAUCUACGGGCGACGGUUCUGUACGACACCAAGGGGACGGCACCGGUGCCUGCAAAGCAUUGCGCGUCUCAAACGUCUAUGCUAGCCAGUUGGCGUCAGUUGCUGAUCGGAUCGAAGAGAAUCAGGUGGACUGGAGCGCCCAAACGGGCAAAUGCAAAACUCGAACGUUGCUGCAUCUUGACAAACUGCCGGUCCGCAUCAACACCAUUGCCACAUUUCAGAUCUACGCCAUCCGCCAGGCUAUCGCCAAGUCGCUCGUUGCCUACUACGCCAAGUACUACGACGCCGCCUCGGCCCUCGAGCUCCGCCAGCUGUUCGUCGCCUACGACCGCACCCUUUUGAUCGCCGACACCCGACGAUCGGAGCCCAAGAAGUUCGGUGGUCACGGUGCCCGUGCUCGUCGCCAGAAAUCGUACCGUUAA